AUGCUUGACACCGGGAACUUUGUUCUGGCAAGCCAAGAUUCAGCCAAUUUGUGGGAGAGUUUUGAUAAUGCAACAGACACAAUUCUUCCCACACAGAUAAUGAAUCAAGACAAGAAACUCUACGCUUCUAUCUCGGAAACAAAUUUUUCAAUUGGAAGAUUUAUGUUCCACCUACAAAAUGAUGGAAAUCUCCUAUUACUCACCACAAAAUUCCCACUUGAUACACCAAAUUUUCCUUAUUGGUCUACUCAAGAUUCUACUAUAGGUAAUGGCUUCCAGUUGAUUUUCAAUCAGUCUGGGUAUAUAUACGUUAUAGCAAGGAAUGGAAGCAUACUCAAUAUGGUAUCAUCAAGUGCAGCAUCGACACAAGACUUUUACCAGAGAGCAAUUGUUGAUAGUGAUGGAGUUUUCAGGCGAUAUAUCUACCCGAAGAGCCUUGCUGCAAGUGGUGGGAGGUGGCCUAUUCGUUGGUCCACAAUUUUCUUUAUUCCAUCAAAUAUAUGUCUGAGGAUUAGAGGAGAUACUGGUAGUGGAGCUUGUGGGUUAAAUAGUUAUUGUUGUUUGGGAGAGGAUUCACAAAAGAUUUGCCAAUUGGCCAAGCUGUUGAAGGUUGACCAGACUCACACCACAACUAAAAUAAGAGGAACCAAGGGGUAUGUUGCCCCAGAAUGGUUCAAAAACCUGCCCAUCACAUCUAAAGUUGAUGUAUAUAGCUUUGGAAUUCUACUGCUCGAGCUUGUCUGCUACAGAAGGAACUUUGACACCAAUGCUGAGGAAGAAUGUCAAAAAGUACUUGCAGAUUGGUCAUAUGACUGCUUUAAAGAAGGGAAAUUAGACUUGUUAGUGGAGAAUGAUGAAGAGACAAUGGAAGACAUGAAGAGGGUAGAAAAGUUUGUGAUGAUCGCAAUCUGGUGCAUACAGGAGGAUCCAUCACUGAGGCUUUCCAUGAAGAAAGUUUCUCAGAUGAUGGAAGGAACAGUUGAAGUCUCUAUUUCGCCAGAUCCAUCCUCAAUUUUCAGUUCUAUAUAA